AUGAGCCAUCUACUCCGAAAGAUUAAAACCCCGGUAAUAAUGAAUGGUAUUUUUGCAAUUGAAAAACCGACUGGGAUCUCAUCAAACCAGUUUAUGUUAAAAUUACAACAUGUUUUAACAGAUAGUCAAAUAUUCUCGAAGGAAAUUGCUAGGCUUACUGCGGAAAGAAAGAAACAAUAUGAAAAGGAGACAGGGAAAGUUGCUAGUAAAAGGAAGCUUAGAAAAGUUUCUAAAGUUAAAAUGGGCCAUGGUGGGACGUUAGAUCCCCUUGCGUCCGGUGUUCUUAUCAUUGGUAUUGGUACUGGUACUAAGAAAUUAGCAAAUUAUUUAUCGGGGACAGUUAAAGUGUAUGAAAGUGAAGCAUUAUUUGGUGUAUCUACUACUUCUGGAGAUGUAGAAGGGGAAAUAUUAUCCCAAAACUCUACAAAGCAUUUAACCAUGGAAGAUUUAGAAACCAUUAAAGACAAAUUUGUUGGCUCUUUAAAGCAAACUCCGCCUAUUUAUGCAGCAUUAAAGAUGAAUGGUAAACCAUUACAUGAAUAUGCAAGAGAAGGGAAACCAUUGCCAAGAGCAAUUGAGCCAAGACAAGUGACAGUUUAUGAUUUGGAAAUUUUCCCGGAUUCAUUAACCAGAGAUCAUAGAUAUUCUUUGUUGAGACCAGUAACGGAAGAUUCUCUUGAUACUGUAAAGAAUUUAAACGCUAACUUAUUAAAUGAUAAACUAUACUUUUCAAAAGAAUACUGUACAAAAUCAGGUCUCGAGAAUGAAGAUGCAAAUGUUGGAGGUGCUUUCCCGUUAUCAGAUGAAGAAAGAAAAGAAAUAGAAGAGCAGAAAGACAAUUACCGUGCUCCACUAUUGCAUUUUAGUGCCAAAGUUUCCAGCGGUACUUAUAUUCGUUCAUUAAUUAGUGAUAUUGGGAAAGCUAUGAGAAGUUCUAGUUAUAUGGUAAAAUUGAUUCGUAUACAGCAACAAGAUUGGUCCUUAAUGAGCAAUAACGUAUUCAAAAUGGAAGACUUUACUGAGAGAGAUGAAGCUGUAUGGAGUGAAGUUUUACGAACAGUUUUGGAAAAGGGUGCUGAAACAAAUAUCCCACAAGAAUUCGAAAAGAUUCAAAAGGAACACGAUUCGGCUCUUGACCUUGCAGAAAAACAUAAAGAGCAAAUUGAAAAAGAACAAAAGCAAGAAGUUGAAGGUGCCAUUGACAAACUCGCGUCUGUUGUUACUACUACUGAAGAACCGAAAUCUGUGAAACGAAGUCUAGAGGAAGUUGAAGAAGAAGAAAAAGAAAAAGAAGGCGUCAACCAAUAA